UUACCUAUUUUUAUUAUGUAGUUUAAUUAAUUAAUAAAUGUUUGUAGAAUGAGUGCUCCAAUAGCAUUAGACGACAGCGACUCUUCCUGCGGAGAACUUCCUGAAAUAGGUUUCGCAGUGAUGAAGUCCUCUACAGACAGUGGCUCAAAAAUACGAAGAACAGGGUCUGAAGAAAAGGAAAAUGUAGAAGUUAUCGAUCAUUUUGAUCUAACUCAAGAAGACGGAUUUCUAACUAAUGACAAAGAGGCAAUAGCUCUGAGCGGCUCGUCCUCACGAUCUUUAAAGGAAUUGAAUAAUCCAGCAAAAAGAAGGCAAAGAUCCGUGAGCAUGCACUCGGACAGCACCGUGGAGCUGCUCGACAGUGACAUGAUGUUUGACCAGGUGCUGGCUCCGAGGCUGGUGGACCCUGGUGUUGCUAGUCUGUCUGGUGCGUCAGGGUCUAGUGCCGGAAGCUCUGGAUACGGCACUGGUAGCUCUGGGAGUGUGGCUGCUAGUUUUGGAAGUGGCACUGCGCACGGUGUGAAGAGGACAAAGAGUGUUGGCAGCCUAGGAGAUAAACCUCAGAAGAAGACAGCAGCUGCCUCAGACAGAGCCAGCAAGAAGCAGAAGAUGGCGGAGGAGCGCGCGGCGAGGCUGGCCGCUAGUGAGAUGAACAAGAUAUACAAACCUGGGGAGUGUAUGAAGUACAUGCACAUCGAGCUACACCCCUCCCUCCAAUCCGCGUGGUUCAUGGCGGACCUGCCGCGCGAGGCGGCGGGCGCGGGCGCGCGGCUCCGGGCGCGGGGGGACGCGGGGCAGGCGGGGGGUGUCCCCGGGCUCGUCACGUGGAGGCGGGAGGGGGGGGCGGUGCUGAGCAGUAGUGGACAGCUAGGCCUAACCCGGCUCGGCGAACGCUGCACCACAGCGCUACUGGUCGAGAGUGCAGAGGAAAUAGCACCGUAUGUGCAGGCGCACACGCUCGCGAGUCACGUGGCAAGUGUGCGGGACGCGGUCGACUGUCAGCUGACGCUGGUUGUGUUUGGGGUUAAGGACUAUUUCAAACCUGCAGGACGAAAGAAACAAAAGGACAAAUUAUUAAUAACUGAAAUUGAACUUGAAAUGGCGUUUACAGACGUGCUGGUGUCGGCGGGGUGCGACUGUGUGUCCGUGGAUACCCCCAACGAGCUCGCGCUGCUUAUUGUGCAGUUCACCAAGGCGAUAGCUGAAGCACCGCACAAACAUGCAAAGCGAGCGUGCGACGAACAAGCAGACUUCUACAUGCGUGGCGACAACAAGAAGUGUGUGUCUGUUGAUAAAAACGGCAAUGGUCUGAGCCGGCUAUGGCAGCAAAUGAUAGCGAUACUUCCUCACUCCAGUCUCGAGACAUCAAGAGCCGUUUGUUCCAACUAUAAAUCCCCGUUGGCUCUUUAUGAGGCUCUAGAAGAUCUCAAUAGUGUUAAUGAAAUAGCAGACAUAGGAGUAGAUAGAGCCGGGGUGCCGGGCGCAAGGGCAAGAAGAAUUGGGCCAGAGUUUGCAAGGAAAUUGAGAACUUUAUUUACAUCUGAUGACGGAAAUAUGCUCAUGGGUUAAAGACAUUGUGAUAAUAAUAUUAGGGUAAAAUUUAAAUUAUAAUAAUUAUGAUUAGCUUUGCAAUAGUAUAUUAUUAGAUGUUAAGUUAAUAAGUAAAGUAAGUAAGUAAUCAUGUAUUUAUUUGGUUCAAUUGAAAUUGUUUUGUUUUCUUAUACUUUUAAGCACUUUUUAAGGUAUUAUUUUGAUUAUGAGACGCCUACAUUAUGAAAAUAAUCACUCAAUAGUAAAUUCAUCCAAAUAAGCUUGCUCUAAUAAAGUGUUUUUUUAACUGUGA